UGUUAUGUCCCACACAAGACCGCAGGUGUUUUGUGCAAAACUGAAUUAACUGGUCACUACAGCAACACGGGAACGACAAUUAUCGCCAGUCAUGACAGAACAAUAUACCGGGGGGUUCUUACCGAUGCUAUUUCUUUGCCUGCCAGCUGCUGUAAUUGAUGUAUUAACGACCACGCAAGCAGUCCAGUCGUCCUGCUUAAACCGAGUCCAAGCUUUCAUUUUCUUUAACAUGGUCGCUAUUUUAUAGUAGUAGACUGUGGGGGGAUACUUAACCAUUUGGCUGCUGUUACGGUCCUGACCGAAAAAGGGGCCCACCACCGUUACUGAAGUUGAUAUGUUUUCUGUAUUCUGAAGCUUGAGUUUGCAGAGCAAUGACUACUCUAUACACAUCUCGCAAGAAACUAACCAGGACUAUUUCAGUCGGUCCUGUGAGUGAAAGGAAUGUGUUCACAGAGGAGUCACUUAUAACCGAUGCCUCUGACGAAGAUAGUGAUGUCAGAUCUAGCGUUGGUGACCACCGAAUGCUGAUAAGGAAGCAGCUAUCAGCGCCAUCACAAUAUAAUGAACAUAAAAACCAGAAGAAGAGACGCUCCCAGCAAACCGGCAUUGGAGAUUUUCUUCAUUCGUUAUUUUCUAGUAAAAAACGGCAAGAUCAGGUGAGAGUUAUCAAUAAGAAAAAUCUCCAUAUGUCAUGUCCAAAUCUGAACAGCCAAGAUCGUUUCGAUGAACACUUGCAGCUAGAUAAAGAUGAAGUCAAUGAAAGCAGAAAUAGCAAACGAUCGUCGAGUGCCAAGUAUUCAAUGUCCAGUCGCAACAAGUCUCCCGAGUCCUGUGCUUGUGACACCUUGAAAGUCCCGGAUAUUUUCGUUACCAGCUUAACGAGAUCUCGUAGUGACGAUACUUGUCAGUCUGGAAUUAGUUUCACUCUUAAACAAGAGAACAAACAUUUAAGUACGUCUAAUCUUCAUGACACGGCGGUUUCACGGAGAUUAUUGUUAACGAGUAGCGAAUCUAAUUCAUUAUCUUGCAGCGAAGAAAAUAUAGCGCGAAUAACGCCAUAUUUGUACGUUGGACGUGUGGAGGCUGCAAAUGAUCAGAGACUCCUCUGCAAGCUUGAUAUCCAUUCGUUAGUCGAUAUAACAAAUUUAAAAAGCAGCCAACACAUAAGCCUAGCAUGUCCUUGCACCUGUUCAAAAGAAGGUAGUCACGCUCACCCUAAACUGUACGUUAAUGUAGACAGCACGGAUCAUAAUCGGAUUCAAGACCAUUUCCCAAUGAUAAAUAAAUUCAUAAAUGGAUCUAAAGAAUUAGGCCGAGCAACACUAAUCUACAGUGAACACAGCCGGGUUCGAGCGCCAGUCGCAGCAAUACAAUAUUUAAUUACAUGUCAGGGGAUGUGUCUACAAGAUGCAUACAGCAUUGUUAAAAGUCGUUGGCCGGCCACGCUUAUCGAUCAAAAUUUUCAGAAAAUUUUCUCUAAAUUAAACCGAAUACAACUGGAAUUAUCAAAGUAUAGGAUCGAGACACGACGUAUAAAUAAAGAUCUUUCUUCAUCACGUUUAAAAGUGAAAACUGCUUGGGCAGAGCAGUCGACCUGAUGUAACAAAUGAGCAAAAAGAGGAAAAUGAGUUAAAUUUUGUUUGAGAGGAGAGAACAUUUAAUACUUACUCACCGAUAUUCAUUUCCAUGUAUGUAUGUAUGUAUGUAUGUAUGUAUGUAUGUAUGUAUGUAUGUAUGUAUGUAUGUAUAUAUGUAUGUGUGUAUAUAUGUAUG